CAAUUCUUGUGAAGUUAGCACUUAUCACCUGUACUUUGGAACUAUUAAUAAUGUAUAAGUAUACAGGAUCAUGAACGGUUUUUCACCAAACUGGCCAUUCUGAGUGCAGCCGGCAGCUCUGUUUCUGAGGAAUACUGGUUUGGACCAAGACCCAAAAUGACUAAAUUAACACUUUUAGCCGCACUGGGCAUCUUGCUUACAGUGCAGAUGGUGGCUUCUACAAAGCUGGUGUGCUACAUGACCAACUGGUCCCAGUACAGACCCGGCAAUGGCAAGUUCCUGCCAGAAGACAUUGAUCCGUUCCUCUGCACACAUGUGGUUUACGCUCUGGCAACCAUCAGCUAUUCUAAUCAAAUCACUACUGUUGAAUGGAAUGACGAUGUGCUCUACAAGUCACUGAAUGAACUGAAAAAAGUAAAUCCCGCACUGAAGACCUCGCUGUCUGUUGGAGGAACAGUCAAUGGUGUCAGUCCAUACAUCAAUAUGGUGUCGACUCCAGAGAACCGCAAAGCUUUCAUCAGUUCUGCAUUGCAGUUCCUGCGUCUCCAUGAGUUUGAUGGUAUAGAUAUUGACUGGCAGUACCCAGGUCACAAUGGAAGCCCACCGGAAGACAAGCAGAGGUUCACUACAUUCCUGAAGGAACUGAGAGCAGCUGUUGAACAGGAGGCCCUAGACACAAGGAAAACUCCUCUGAUUAUCUCCUGCAAAGUUUCCGGCAUCAAGUCCACGAUUGAGCGUGCUUACGAGGUUGCUGAAGUUUCAGGUCUGUUGGAUUUCUUGACCAUUUUGUCUUUUGACUACCAUGGGCACUGGGACCCCGUGACAGGGCACAACAGCCCCCUUUUCCGCAGCUCCUUGGACACUGGAAACAUCAUUCACCACAAUAUCAACUCAUCUGUGGAUGUCUGGUUGGGCAGUGGGGCCCACGCUGACAGGCUGCUUCUUGGCUUCCCCACAUAUGGACGCACAUUCUUGCUGUCCACUUCGCAAACAGGUCUCGGGGCCCCAGCCAAUGGCCCUGCUGACGCUGGCCCUUACACACGCGAAGCAGGAUUCUGGUCCUAUUAUGAGAUUUGCCCCAUGGAAUCAAGCGUCACCAUUGAAUGGAUCGAUGAGCAGAUGGUGCCCUAUGCGGUUCAAGGAAAGGCUUGGGUCGGAUUUGACAACCGUGAAAGUUUUACCGCUAAGGUGGAGUGGCUUAACUCCUUAAACUUGGGAGGAGCGUCGGUGUGGACCUUAGAUUUCGACGAUUUUGCAGGCCGAUUUUGUUACAGUGGAUCUUAUCCUCUUGUCAACCAUUUGCGCAACGCACUGGGUUUCCCGCCCAAACCCACCACUACGCCACGUCCCACCACGACCGCUGACCCCAUCACCACCUUCUGUGUCGGCAAACCAGACGGGCUGUACCCGAACCCUGCAGACGAAACCACUUACUUCCAGUGCUUCCGUGGAAACACAUACCUUCAUACGUGCCAACCUGGUCUGGUCUAUGUUGAUGAUUGCAAAUGUUGUAAUUGGCCUUGAGGACAAGUUCAAAUGCUCUCCCCCGUUCAAUACAGCUGUUGUCCUUAGUUAUUACCUCUGCUUCUGAAUAUCCAAGUCAUUGUUUAAAAAAAAAACCCAAAAAACAGUCAUAACAAUUUUAAAUUGGUCAGAUUUUUCCCUGCAUUUUGUUAAUCCGAAAUCAUGAUGUCCUAUUCAGUACAGUCUAGUUUUCUCUUGUUGUUGUGCAGCAAAACGGUGUAUUACUUUUCAUAUAAUUUUUAAUAAAAAUAUUUAUAGCA